CACCCAUUUCCUGCAUGCACCAUGACACCGGGAUCCCUAGGAAACAGCAGUAUGUCCUCUACUUUCCUGCUGAGUGGCAUCCCUGGGCUAGAGUACAUGCACAUCUGGAUCUCCCUCCCACUGUGCUUCAUGUACCUGGUUUCCAUCCUGGGAAACUGCACAAUUCUUUUCAUCAUUAAGACAGAACCCUCCCUUCACGAGCCUAUGUAUCUCUUCCUGUCCAUGCUGGCUCUGACUGACCUGGGUCUCUCUCUUUGCACCCUCCCUACAGUGCUAGGCAUCUUUUGGGUUCAGGCACGAGACAUAGGUCAUGAUGCUUGCUUUGCCCAGCUCUUUUUCAUUCACUGCUUGUCCUUCCUGGAGUCUUCUGUACUGCUGUCUAUGGCCUUCGACCGCUUUGUGGCCAUCUGUCGCCCCUUGCACUAUGCUUCCAUCCUCACCCGCACAGUCAUUGGCAGAAUAGGCCUGGCCUCUCUGGGCCGUAGUGUUGCGCUCAUUUUCCCAUUGCCUUUUAUGCUCAAACGAUUCCCCUACUGCGGCUCCACAGUCCUCUUACAUUCCUACUGUCUCCACCAAGAAGUAAUGAAAUUGGCCUGUGCUGACAUCAAGGCCAACAGCAUCUAUGGCAUGUUCGUCAUUGUUUCCACGGUGGGUGUGGACUCGUUGCUCAUCCUCUUCUCCUAUGCCCUCAUCUUGCGCACCGUGUUGUCCAUUGCCUCCCGAGCUGAGGGACUCAAAGCUCUCAACACAUGUGUUUCCCACGUCUGUGCUGUGCUCCUCUUCUAUACUCCAAUGAUUGGCUUGUCCGUCAUCCACCGCUUUGGGAAGCAGGCGCCUCAUCUGGUGCAGGUGGUCAUGGGAUUUGUGUAUCUUCUCUUCCCUCCUGUGAUGAACCCCAUUGUCUACAGUGUGAAGACCAAACAGAUCCGGGACCGGGUAACCCACGCUUUUUGCAACUAA